AUGUGUGAUUCAUUAUCUGAAAAGUUAAGGGAAAGAGAGAAAGAAAGUGAAACAAAACCCUACAAAGAAAAAGCAAGAAACAGCUCGUUUUUUGCUUCCAUGGAAGCUAAGCACAUUUUGUGUUUCAUUCUACUGGUGGGAUUUCAAGUAAGUGCAGAGCCAGUUGAGGAUAAGCAAGCAUUGGUUGAUUUUGUCAACAAUGUGCCACAUUCUCGGUCUUUAAACUGGAAUGAGAGCUCUCCAGUUUGCAAUAACUGGACUGGAGUCAUUUGUAGUGGAGAUGGGACUCGUGUGAUAGCUGUCAGAUUGCCUGGUGUUGGAUUUCAUGGCCCAAUUCCACCAAACACUCUUAGUCGUCUCUCAGCGUUGCAGAUUUUGAGCCUUAGAUCCAAUGGUAUUAGUGGGGAGUUUCCUUUUGAUUUUUCUAAUUUAAAGAACUUGUCUUUUCUUUAUCUUCAGUAUAAUAAUUUAUCUGGGUCAUUGCCAGUUGAUUUCUCUGUUUGGCCUAAUCUUACUAUUGUUAAUCUGUCCAACAAUCGGUUUAAUGGGAGUAUUCCUUAUUCGUUUUCGAAUUUGAGUCACCUUGCUGCUUUGAAUCUUGCAAACAAUUCACUUUCCGGUGAAGUCCCUGAUUUUAAUUUGCCAAAUCUGCAGCAGAUAAACUUGGCUAACAAUAAUCUUAGUGGUAGUGUACCAAGGUCACUUAGAAGAUUCCCUAACUCAGUCUUUUCUGGUAACAAUAUUCCAUUUGAAACUUUUUCUCCUCGUGCUUCACCUUUUGUUACUCCAUCUUCCACACCUUAUCCAAGAUCUAGGAAUGGUAGGGGACUUAGUGAAAAAGCACUGCUUGGGAUUAUAGUUGCUGCUUGUGUUUUGGGGCUUGUGGCAUUUGUUUUCUUGAUAGUUGUUUGUUGCCCGAGAAAGAAGGGCGAGGAUGAGUUUUCAGGGAAGUUGCAGAAAGGAGGAAUGUCACCGGAGAAAGUGGUUUCAAGGAGUCAGGAUGCUAAUAAUAGAUUGACUUUCUUUGAGGGGUGUAACUAUGCAUUCGAUUUGGAGGAUUUGUUAAGGGCUUCUGCUGAGGUAUUGGGAAAGGGCACAUUUGGUAUGGCUUAUAAGGCAAUUCUGGAGGACGCAACCACAGUGGUUGUGAAGAGGUUGAAGGAAGUGAGUGUUGGGAAAAGGGACUUCGAGCAGCAGAUGGAGGUUGUUGGAAGUAUUCGACACGAGAAUGUGGUUGAACUGAAGGCUUAUUACUAUUCCAAAGAUGAGAAGCUGAUGGUGUAUGAUUAUUACAGUCAGGGAAGCAUUUCUUCCAUGCUACAUGGAAAAAGAGGAGGUGAGCGAAUCCCUCUUGAUUGGAACACCAGAAUGAGAAUUGCUAUAGGUGCAGCAAGAGGCAUUGCUCGUAUCCAUGCAGAGAAUGCUGGGAAAUUUGUCCAUGGAAACAUCAAAUCCUCAAACAUCUUUCUUAAUUUUCAGCGGUAUGGUUGUGUAUCUGAUCUUGGUUUAGCAACUAUAACGAGCCCAUUAGCCCCACCUAUCGCUCGUGCUGCUGGUUAUCGUGCCCCUGAAGUAGCAGACACCCGGAAAGCUGCACAGCCUUCUGAUGUCUACAGCUUCGGAGUGGUGUUAUUGGAGCUUCUCACUGGGAAGUCCCCCAUUCAUACUACGGGUGGUGAUGAGAUUAUCCACUUAGUCAGGUGGGUUCAUUCUGUUGUUAGAGAGGAGUGGACAGCUGAAGUGUUUGACGUUGAGCUGAUGAGGUAUCCAAAUAUCGAGGAAGAGAUGGUGGAGAUGCUGCAGAUAGCAAUGUCCUGUGUGGUAAGGAUGCCAGAUCAAAGACCUAAAAUGACAGAUGUGGUGAAAAUGAUAGAGAAUGUCCGACAGAUGGAUACUGAGAAUCGCCAAUCUUCUGAAAACAGAUCUGAAAGUUCUACACCACCACCUCUGGUGACCGAAAGAGAAUCCUGA